UAUCAUGGUCCUCAUCUAUAAUCCCAUGGAAUAAUUUACAUUUACCGUGAAUAUCCCCCCUUGGAUGAUCCCUUUUAUAAGGAGCCAUCUUUUCUCCUCCUCACAUGCGCGUCUUCACAGCCUCAAACAUCGCAUCUCUCCAAGCUGGCAACAAUUUGGAACCAUCUUUUAUUUAUUCAUUUUCUUUAAAUCCCACAAUUUUUCUCUUUUAUGGCAUCCAAAAUGAAAGAACGAAAGAGAACUCCCAUUUCGCACAAAGUGAUCGAGAAAAGAAGACGAGAUCGCAUCAAUCGCUGCCUAAACGAACUGGGCAAAACUGUACCCAUGGCACUGGCCAAACAGAAUUCAGGCAAACUGGAAAAAGCAGAAAUCUUGGAGAUGACGGUUCAGUAUCUGAGGGCGCUCCACUCCGCUGAUUUCCCCCGAGGGAGAGAAAAAGGAGAAUUGCUGGCCGAGUUCGCCAACUACUUCCACUACGGCUACCACGAGUGUAUGAAGAACUUGGUCCACUAUCUGACCACGGAAGACCGGGCCGAGACCAAAGACAUCAAGUACGCACGGAUCCUCGCCUUCCUGCAGUCCAAAUCCCGCGCUGUCACGGAGCCGGUCUUCGGCUCUGUGGGCGCCGGGCCCGAACCGUCAGACUAUUUGGGCCAUCAACUGCACUCGUCCCCGGAGCGCCACAGCCCCGUGGAUGCCGUGUACGUGCACCCGCCGCCGCCGCCGCCGCCGCCGCCGCAACAGCAGCAGCAGUCGAGUCCCCCGGCAGGACACUUGGCCUGGCACGGCUCGGCACGCGGCCCCACCAUCUCGUACCAACCUGUCGCGCUGAGCGCGCACCCGCAGCAGCACGGUGGAUACUUGUCACCGGUGCAGGGACUCGAACACCAUCACUAUUUCAACUUCCUAGGCCACACGCACCACAACACGUUUAGUUUACAUAGCGCACAACACGCCAUGUAA